UUCUGAGUUUUCCAGGCUGGAAAUCCCACUGCUCAGUGAUACUCAAGCUUGGUGUAUUUAUACCCUAAUCAUAGUCAACACCUUGAAAUAUUUGUUUACUUUUUAUCUGUUGUCGUGGUCAAAAUUUUGCUAAGUGUAAGAAAACAAGAUUUAGUAUCCAAUUUUGUAAUAUGUUCGCAGAUUUUUCAGAAUCUUUCUGACACAAAUGGGUUUAGGUAUUUAUAACCGCUAAAAAUAUUUUAAUCAUCAUUUUCAGAGCGGAUCAAGAUAAAAAUGAAAGUUGAUGGAAGGUUGUUAAUAUUUGCUCUCUAUGUAUGUAAUCUAUAGCCAGCCAAAUCAAAACACUAAGAGGUGCCUUUAUUAAACAAGAUACAUGUGUCCCUUGAUAACAAAGAAUAAUCGACUUGUCCCUUACAUUGACCAAUGACCAUGUAAGACACAAAAAGUCUUUUUCUCCGGAGUAUUAAAACGACCAAGCUUAUAUUGCUUGAUUCACUUCUAGAAGAGAAACCAAGUCUUAGAAAAAAUGUAAAAACGCAAUUUUUGAAAUGCGCAGCAGGUCUAGCUGACAGUUCUGAACCAUUCUCCGGAUAUGGUCAAGCAUACAAGGACUCAUGGAUACCUUGCUCUUCUACCUUGGUUGUAUACUGAUGGUUUGUUUGAGUACAGCAGAGUACAAAUACGUACUGCAGAGACAAGAAAUCAACAGCGACGAGAGUCCUCCUACCGUACCAGAAACCAAGGAGGGGAUGAUGAUUAUGUCUAAUUUUGUCGAAUCUUCAGAUAUCGUGAUCAGAAAGUUACUCAAGGAUGAAGAGCGAGGACAAUGCCGUCUUGAACCUGAACAGAAAUUUCCUUGCAAAAAUAUAAAAUCUUCGAAACACAUACCAGACUCAGUUCAUAAACUUAGACCAGCUGAUAUCCAGGUUGUGGCAGCUUUGGGAGACUCUAUUACGGUUGGGGUUGGAGCAGGGGCGGAGUCGGUGCUGGAUAUCGGGAAGAGGUAUAGGGGCGUGUCCUUUAGCUCUGGAGGGGCGGGUACCUGGAGAGAUGUUGUUACGCUUCCCAAUAUUCUCAAGAUAUUUAAUCCAUAUCUCUACGGAGCUAGCAGUAAUAUGAGCUCGGGACUGAACUAUGCUAGAGCUGGAGCUACAAGUAAAGAAUUGUUAAGUCAGGCAAAAAGGUUGGUACAUGACAUGUACAGAGACCCAAGAAUAAAUGUACAUAAAGACUGGAAGAUGAUCACUAUUCUAAUAGGAAUGUUUGUACAAAAGAAAAAACGAGUAGAUGAAUUCGAGGAUGCUAGUGUAGAGGGGUAUGGUUAUAAUAUAAGACGUGCUCUAGAUUAUCUGUACAGGCAUCUUCCUAGAACCUUUGUAAACUUAGUCCCUAUGGCAGAUGUAACACUAACCCUGGAUCUAGUGAAUAAACCUGGAUAUUGUUAUCUCCUUCACUGGUAUUUCUGUCCUUGUCUUUUUGAUGAUAUUUUCUCUAAAAGGAUGAGUAAGUGGCAAAUGAAAACUCAGUUAAGACAUUAUAUGAACAAAAUUGAACACCUUAUAAACAUGGGAAUGUACGACAACAGGGAUGAUUUUACUGUGGUAAUUCAACCAUCGCUUGUCAACGGAAUCAUCCCAAAAAAGUAUGACAGGGUUUUUAAACGAAAGGUCCCUGAUCUCUCCUAUUUGGCUCCAGACUGCUUUCAUUUUAGUCAAAAACUUCACGCUCUAGUCAGCCGAUCUCUUUGGAACAACCUUCUUCAGCCUGUCGGUCAGAAGGCAACAGAUUGGAGCAAACAGGAAGUUCCGUUUUUGUGUCCCUCCUCUACAGCCCCCUUCCUAGCAACGAGGAAAAAUUCUUCCUUGGCUCGACGGACUCGUGGUUCUCUUAUGCUGGACUGGUUACAAUUCAUCAGGGGUUCUCCUAAAUACACAUGUACUAUAUAAAUCUAAAGGGACUGUAGGCUAUAUAAAUCUAAAGGGACUGUAGGCUAUAUAAAUCUAAAGGAACUGUAGACUAUAAAAAUCUAAAGGAACUGUAGCCGUAAUUUUAAGUUACUCUUUAUUUAUAGAGUAGCAUGUAUGGUUCACACUGGAGCACUUUAAAGCUUUGUCAAAUCAAGAAUAGACGAGGUAUCCAGCUUAAUCUCUCUUAAAAUGUAUUAUUUUCUGCUACAGGCACAAUAAAGGAUACUGUCAGAACACUUGCCAAGCUCGAGAAAACAAAAAUCUCUUCCAUAUUAUCUGAUAAAGGUCUGAAUGGGUACCAUUGUGAAUCAAACAUGUCUCUCUAUAAAUGAAAGGUCCCUUAAUAUUUAACCGACCGGGGAUUUUAACCUUGAUUUGAAAUUCAUCCAAUGAUCAUAUUUCCAGAAUAUGAAAAUAGUUACAUUAUUAUAACCCUGCCAUAAAUUUGUAUACUGCUAUCGUAAUAAUUUACUUUUAAUGUUUUUAAAUUAUUGUGUUCUGUUCGAUAUUCAAGAAGUUUUUGUUUGAUCUUUUGAAUAUCAAUAAUAUCGUUUUCUUGGAUCAUAUUUUCUCUAAAAUCAUAUUUUUGUCAUUGUCUGAUCAAUGCUAUGUGUUUAAUGUGUACGCGUGUACAUUGCGCAUUGCACUGUUAAAAUAUGUGUUUAUUUAUAUGUAUAUGUAUGCGGUAAAAAACACACUAACUGGAAGAAAGCAUUUAUGGUUUAUGUUCAAGUACAUAUUUUUCCACUUUGAUUAUUUACAUCCAGAACUGAUUAUAAUUAUAUAUAAUAC